UUCACUUCAUUAUAAUGUUUAGAUGUUUUGCGCAUAGAGAUCAAUUGCAAUAUUUUAAGGUUACUGGUAGGUAUGAUGUACUUAUUAAUGAUUCAACGUUUUAGUCUUGCAGUCUGCGAACUAUCCUGUAGCCUCAUCUGUUAAUAAAAAAUGUCCUUCAGUUUCACAGCUCGCAAUGUUCGCUUGGAGUCUGCGCUUGCUUCAUUCAAAAAGAGGAGUGUAUUUGACAAGUGAGCUCUGUUCAUUGGUUGUUUUCAAGAGCAAAGUCAAUGUUCCGAGAGGAGGAGCCAAUCACCCCAGUCGUAAGAUCGGAUGUAGCUUUUUAUGCGCUCGACUUCAUUGACUACAGGGUUUUCAUUGGUGUUUGCUAUCACAAGUAACCGCCCCCCGACUAAGCAGACUUCCGUGUUUGAGUUUGAGCUGCACAGUUGCAUGUGAAUCUGCAAUCUGCUAGAAAUUACUUUUGAUUUUGUCCAAUCCUCAGACGUUAUAGUAAAACAGUGUGGCUGGUCCCCAACACCGAUUGCAUCUCUGAUUGUCCCAUCUUCAAACAGAUAAUGGGUGCCUCCUCAGCAAACAAACAUCUUCAUCCUUUCUGGCCCCGGGACCUUGUGAUUCCCUCCUAUGUGGCCAAUGAUCGGUCCAUGUCAGAGAUUCUGGUGUUUCUCUUCUCUGUCUCUGGAGUGUUUCUGAUUGUGACCUGGGUAAUCACUGGGAUCAGCGGCAAGCUGGGAACAUGGAGGCGUCUGGCUGUCUGCUGGUUUGCAGUUUGCGGAUUCAUCCAUAGCGUUAUUGAGGGCUGGUUUUCUCUUUAUUAUGACAUUCUACCAGGGGAUCAGAGCUUGCUGUCACAACUGUGGAAAGAGUACUCCAAAGGAGACAGUAGAUAUAUUAUAGCUGAUAACUUUACUGUUUGUAUGGAGACCGUGACUGCUUUUCUAUGGGGCCCAUUCAGUUUUUGGGCUAUUUAUUCCUUUUUAGCUACUAAGUCCUACAGAUUUGUUCUGCAGCUCAUCAUUUCACUUGGUCAGCUCUAUGGUGCAGUGCUUUACUUUUUCACAGAGCACAGAGACGGUUAUAUCCACAGUGAGUUCGGACAUCCAAUCUACUUCUGGUUCUACUUUAUCUUCAUGAAUUUUCUGUGGAUCAUCAUCCCACUGGUGCUCAUUGUGGAUGCAUGGAGACAGCUAUUGGCAGCCCAGACAUAUGUAGACACCUCUGAGACACAAAAGACCAAAAGGAAGUAAUCAUCAGCAGGCACAGCAAAAUGGGACCAAGGAGAAAAAAAAAAAAAAAAAAAAAGUUGGUUCAUGUUGCAAUAAUAAGUUGAUUGCCCUAUGUGUGCCAGAAAACUAAGAGUUUUUUUUUUUUUUUACAAUAAUAAAAAAAAAAUCACAUGCUUUUUUAUACAAUUGUUUGUUCCUAAUCUUAAAUUUGUGAUUAGUCUGAACAUUAUCUUAUGAUUUACAGGGGUGAUCUUUUUUAAAUUGCUUAGCCAAUUAAAAAUACAGCUUGUGAUAAGUUAAUUCAAAACACUAAAGGUAUGGCACUGUCCUAUAAAAUGUGGCCUUUUACAAACUUUACUGUUUCAAUGUUGGUAUCUUUUUGUCAGAUGUUUCUAUGGUAUACUGAAGUUCAGUAUUCUGGAUAUCAGCUUCUGGGGCAAAAUCCUGACUGAUCGUAACCCAUUCUUGCUCGGUACUUGGAAGAAUGCAGCAUUGUUUUUUCCUGCAGAAUGUCAAAGUCUCCUUGAUGUUUUUCUUGGAGAGACGUGGCUUCUGAACCUCCUUCCUUCAAGUUCUUGGUGAACUGAUACAUGGAUGAUUUGGUGCAAUCUUUUAGGGGCAACGCCCUUGUCUGGGAAGCCUUUUUGAUGCAACCCGAGGACGACAGCACAUGUUUCCUUGUAGGAAACAAUGUUUCAAAAAUGAGUUAAAGCACCAGCUUUCUUUUAAAGCAACCAUACUGCUCUUCUGAUUCAAUCAGAAUGACAAUGCAAAAGAGUUUUUUGUGAUUAAGAUAAUUUUCAAUAACUUUGCAAUUAAUUGCAUUUCAUCUGAUCAUCUGAAGGUAGACUCAAUGAAAAUUGCAUUCAUAACAAUGUACAAAGUAAAAUUUGAGAAAAGCAA